GGCAGCUGAGAUAAGUUGCUACUGAGGAGCAAAAAAAAUCGCGUGGAUGGUUGAGAGAUUCUUCUUCCUCCGCCAAACCCCUCAGUUCACCACCCACCACUACUCUCUUGAUGAUGAUACGAUGUUGCUUCUCUCUGGUCCUCCUUCCUCUGGGAAGACGAGUCUGCUAUUCCAGUUGGCUUUCAACGCCGCAUCAAUGAGUGGGGAGGGUGAGGUUGUCUUCAUUUGCAACCGCCGCCGGUUAGAAGCCAACCCACCAUUUCUUUCUCAAGGCAUCGACCCUUCUUCCGAUACGUUUCACCGGAUACACAUCAAAUACGUUGAGGAUGACGAAGCGAUCAAGAAGUAUUUUUCUGCAUUCCACCUGCACGAUAAAAUUCCCCACACAGUAAUCGUGGAUGAUUUUGGAGACCUGUUUGAUGACCGAAGCUGCGUGGAGAGAUACAAAAAUAAUCCCCGCGGAAGGGACAUGGCAAUGGUCCGAACUCUCGCUCUCUGCCACAAUGCCAUACUCCAUGCCAAUAAGACGAUGCCAUGCCAGCUUGUGCUGGGUGAUACACACCAUGGCGAUGGGGACUCUCCAAGGCUGCUCUUCAUUUACAGAAGAUGGAUCUCUUCGUUUUAUACAAUCAUCAAAGGUGAUGAUGGCUCAAGCUCAUUUCUUCUAAAGAAGAACAGCUACUCUAGAACUGCCUUGCCGCGGAGGACAACUGCAAAGUACUCCAUAGCUCUUCAAUAUCUCGUUCUGGAAGCUAUUACCCAAGACUGAGGGACUGUUUGGGUUAUCAUUUUUUAAGAGAGCUUCAACGCUGUUCUGCUUAAAAACUUGAAGUUACAAGGCUUUUAAGUUAAUAUAGUAUUUUGAUAAAAUAUACUUAAAUCGAUUGGUUAUGUAGUUAUGUAUUUGGUGAAAUAAAAUUUAUUAGCUAUCGAGGUUGUGAAAAUAACCAAAAAUGACG